AUGAAGAUCCUGGUGCCCGUGAAGAGGGUUGUCGACGCCGCGUUGCGUCCCAUCGUCUCCCAAGGUGCUCUGUCCACCUCUGGGCUCAAGUUCAGCAGCAACCCGUUCGACGAGAUCGCACUGGAGGAGGCUCUCACUUUGCAACGGACCCUCGGCGGACCGGCCAAAGCGGAGGUCCACUGUAUCUCCUUGGGACCGGAUGCCUGCACCGAUGUGCUACGCAACUGUCUUGCCCGUGGAGCACAGCACGCAACACACGUUAAAGUCCCCGAGGGCAAUACCCUCGAACCACUCGCCGUCGCGAAGAUCCUUCACGGGUUCGUCAAAGACAGAGGUUUCGACCUUGUGCUCUUGGGGAAGCAAGCUAUUGAUGACGACGCGGCAUGUACUGGGCCCAUGCUUGCAGGCUUGCUCCAGUGGCCUCAGGCGACAGCUGCGUCUCGUGUCCAGUGGUCUCCUGAGACUUCCCGCCUCAGCAUCACAUCAGAGACAGACUCGGGGGAACAGACCGUCUCUGCACCGUUACCACUCGUCGUCACCGCAGACCUCAGACUCAACAAGCCCAAGUACGUAGGGCUCGCUAAACUCAUGAAGGUCAAGAGGGUGCCCAUUGAGAAGGUGGACCCUGAAACCACCAUGUCCCAGAGACUCGAACAAGUCUCCGUGGGUGAACCGCCAGCAAAGAAGCCGGUCACCAUGGUCUCCUCAGUGGACGAACUGGUCUCCAAGAUCAGGGACUUAGUGUAG